AUGGAAGAAGCUUUUGUUAGUCGUUUUAAUAAUUUGCUUGAAAAUCAUAAAUCUAAACAUAAUAUUCAUAUUACACCAGAGAGAAACAUUAAAAUAAUUAAUAGAUUAAAGUUUUUAAACAAUUUACCUAAUAAUUACGCAGAACGAAAAGAAACGUCUGAUUAUAAAUUAUUAAAGAAAUUUGAAUUAUUAAUAAUCGGUAUUAACGAACGCCUCAUUAAGCGUCGUCCGAAUUCACAAGACAAUAUACUUUAUAUUGUUAAUACCUCGGAAAUAUUUAACAUAAUUGAUGAAGCACCUAAACGAAUAGGACAUGGUGGUAGAGAUCGUACAUUAAAAGAAAUAAAAUCAAAAUAUUUUAAUAUUACUGAAGGAUGUGUUGAAAUUUAUAUGAAAAUUUGCGAAGAAUGUCAAAGAAAGAAACCCAUAUGUUUACCAAAAGUGGUCACAAACCCAAUACGGUCACAUCAUAUUUUGUUAAGAAGCCAAGUUGACCUUAUUGAUUACCAAUCCAAGUCAGAUGGGAGUUUCCGUUUUCUAAUGAACUAUCAAGAUCAUUUUUCAAAAUUUAUUAUAUUGUGCCCAUUAACAUCGAAAAGAGCUGCAGAAGUUGCGGUUCAUUUAGUUGAAAUGUUUUGUAUGUACGGUGCACCACACAUAUUGCGAUCGGAUAAUGGUCGUGAAUUUGUUAAUGAAAUUGUUGAAGAAGUAAAAGAAUUAUGA